GCAGUGAUAGGCAAUGGCACAAGUUAAGAUGCAGACUACAGCAAACCUGUCUGGACCUACCAUGUCCCCUAUGGUGCUAGCCCUGCCAGUAACAACUACAAAUACACUGGGUCUGCCAUCCUCAAUGAAUGGAUCCAUUUCGGAAGCAGCUGCCAGCUGCAGCAGUCCUACUGCCGGCCUUGCAGAUCCUGCACCUUCUAGCAACUCACCAGCUCCUCUCCAAGAUAACAUGGCAAACCCCAAAGAGAAAACUCCAAUGUGUCUGGUAAAUGAGUUAGCCCGUUUCAAUAGAAUUCAACCCCAGUAUAAGCUUCUGAAUGAAAGAGGGCCUGCUCAUGCCAAGAUGUUCACAGUGCAGCUGACUCUUGGAGAACAGACAUGGGAAGCUGAAGGAAGCAGUAUUAAAAAGGCACAACAUGCUGCUGCUAGCAAAGCGUUGAAUGAAACUACCCUUCCCAAACCAACGCCUAGACCACCUAAAAAUAAUGUUAACAAUAAUCCAGGCAGUAUAACGCCAACAGUAGAGCUGAAUGGUCUGGCUAUGAAGAGAGGGGAGCCUGCCAUCUACAGGCCGUUAGACCCAAAGCCAAUUCCCAAUUAUAGAGCAAAUUAUAAUUUCCGGGGCAUGUACAAUCAGAGGUAUCACUGCCCAGUGCCUAAAAUUUUCUAUGUCCAGUUGACUGUUGGCAACAGUGAGUUUUUUGGUGAAGGAAAGACUCGUCAAGCUGCGAGACAUAAUGCUGCAAUGAAGGCCCUUCAAGCUCUCCAGAAUGAGCCUAUUCCAGAAAAAUUACCUCAGAAUGGAGAAACAGGAAAAGAAUCAGAAGAAGAUAAAGAUGCAAACAAGUCUGAGAUCAGUGUAGUGUUUGAAAUUGCUUUGAAGCGCAAUAUACCUGUCAAUUUUGAGGUGAUUAAAGAAAGUGGACCUCCUCACAUGAAGAGCUUUGUUACACGAGUUACAGUAGGAGAAUUCACUGCAGAAGGAGAAGGCAACAGUAAGAAACUUUCAAAGAAACGUGCUGCAAUGGCAGUCCUACAAGAACUUAAGAAACUUCCUCCUCUUCCUGUGAUUGAAAAGCCAAAACUGUACUUUAAAAAGCGUCCAAAAACAAUAUUGAAGACGGGACCAGAAUAUGGUCAAGGAAUGAAUCCCAUCAGUCGUCUGGCUCAGAUCCAACAGGCCAAAAAGGAGAAGGAGCCAGAGUAUGUUCUUCUUUCAGAGAGAGGAAUGCCUCGCCGUCGAGAGUUUGUUAUGCAGGUGAAAGUAGGCAAUGAGAUUACUACUGGAACAGGCCCAAAUAAGAAAAUAGCUAAAAGAAAUGCAGCAGAAGCCAUGUUGCUACAGCUGGGUUACAAAGCCUCUACUCCUCUUCAAGACCAGCCAGAAAAGCUUGGAGAAAACAAGAGCUGGAACGGCCAGAGUGUUGGGUUUCCUGAGCCAACAAGUAACACACCAAAGGGAAUACUCCAUCUCUCUCCUGAUGUUUAUCAAGAGAUGGAAGCAAGCCGCAACAAAUCAGCCCCUGGUACCACUGUAAGCUAUUUGUCAUCCAAAGAAAUGAGCCAGACUUCUAGCUCUUUCUUCAGCAUAUCUCCUACAACAAAUAGCACAGCUACGAUUGCCAGGGAACUUCUCAUGAAUGGAACAUCCCCAACUGCCGAAGCCAUAGGUCUAAAAGGAAUAUCUCCCACUUCCCCCUGUUCUGCAGUGCAGCCUUCAAAACAGCUGGAGUAUUUGGCAAGGAUUCAAGGCUUUCAGGUACACUACAGUGAUAGACAAAAUGGCAAAGAGUGUAUGACCUGUUUGACACUGUCACCUGUGCAGAUGACUUUCCAAGGUAUCGGAAGCUCCAUUGAAGCCAGCCAUGACCAGGUAUAAUACCUUC